AUUACUUUUUUUAAAAUUAAUCUUAUUAGAAUUUCAUUUCAAGCGCAUGCGCAAACUUAAGAGUACCAAAGGGAAUAAAAAUCAUGUCGAGGCAUCAAUUGAUGAGGCAUUUAUAUUAUACGAGAUAUCCCACUUUUGCUCUCAUUAUUUUGGGGAUGAUGUUGAGACAAGCUGGAAUCAGCCUCCAAGGAACUAUGGUGGCAUUGGAACCAACGUCCUAGGAGAGGUUGAUGAUAUUUUUCAAGAUGAUGACCGCUCCAUAAUGCAAGGCUCUUCAUUAGUUAUAGAUUUAAUUGCAUACCAAUCACUUCAACUAUGUGCAGAAGGUGUUACAGAAGUUGAGGUUGAUGCUAAUACAUCUAAAGAAGAGGAGGACUAUAGAGAAGGAAAAGAUUCAAAAUUCGAAGGAAAUAGUGAUAAUGUUGAGGAUGAUGAUGAUAGCGAUGAUAGUGAUGAUAAUGAUGAUUAAUUGAAACAUUUGUAUUAUUACUUAUUAAAUAUAUGUAUUAAAAUUUCUUUGUCUUAUAUAUAUUGUUUUAUCAAGUUAUAUAUUUUUCAUUUAAAAUAAAAUCAUUGGAUGAUUGUUCUAAAUUUGUUACUCAUUAUUUGUAUAAAUGUAUUAAUAACUAUUUUGUUAUUCA